AUGGCGCUCAAGUUUUUGAACAAGAAGGGGUGGCACACGGGGAGUCUGCGCAACGUGGAGAAGGUGUGGAAGGCGGAGCAGCGCGAGGCGGACGAGCGCAAGAAGGUGGACGAGCUGCGCAAGCAGAUCGCGGAAGAGCGCGAGGCGGAGGAGUUCCAGCGCCUGCGGGAACAGGCGGGGCUCGUCCCGCUGCAGCAGCGAGUGGACUUCCUGUAUGAGUCAGGGCUGUCGACCGGCAAGGGCAUGGAGGGGGGUGGUAUGGGCGGCAUGGGAGGGGCGUCCACGGACGAGCUCAUGUCGCAGAAGGUGGACUUCUCCGCUUCCGCGCAGACAGGCGCUCUCCCGCCUAUUUCUAAGGCGUCCACUGUCCCCGGCUCUCUGUUCAAAGCGGAUGGGGAGCAGGGCGAGGGGCCGCCCGUGGUGAGUGCGAAUGAGAUGUGGCGGCGGCUGCACUCGGACCCUCUCGUGCUCAUCCGACAGCGCGAGCAGGAGGCGCUCACCCGCAUUAAGAACAACCCCGUUAAGAUGCAGAUGAUCCGCGCUCAGGCUGAGGCGGUAAAGGGCAAGACGCAAAGCAAGAAGGAGAGGAAGAGGGAGAAGAAGGAGCGGAAGAGGAAGCGUAAGGAGGAGCGGCGGGCGAGGAAGGAGAGGAAGAAGCGGAGGAAGCGGAGCGAGAGCGAGAGCGAGAGUGAGAGCGAGAGCAGCAGCAGUGGCAGUGAGAGCGAGAGCGACGAUGGUGGCCGCAAGGAGAGUAGGGAGGACAGGCGUGGUGGAGGCAGAGGGGGAGUGGAAGAGAAAGGACAGGGCGGGACAGGGCUGGGCGGGCCAGCGCAGGACGGGAUGGGGCAGCGUGGGAAGGAGAAAGGUCCGGAGGUGGGCGGUAGAGGGGAUGAUGCAGAUGAGGUGGGGAGGAGGCAUGGGUGGGAUGGUGAGAGAGGGAGCAGGGAGGCAGAUGGCAGGGAGGGGAGAUUCGAAGGAAGGAUGGGAAGGAGUGAUGGCGGUGGCAGGGAGGGGGGGCGUGGUUGGGAUGAUGAAGAGGGGAGGAUGGAGCGUAGGAGAAGGGUAGGUGGCGAAGGGGAAAGGCGAGUGGGGGGGCAGCUGAGGGCUGGUGUUGGUGGCAGGAGGGAUGGGGAGGAGAGGAGUGAGAGGGGAGGGAGAGGUGAGAGGGGAGGGAGAGGUGAAAGGGGAGGGAGAGGUGAGAGGGAAGGGAGAGAUGAGAUGGAGAGGAGGGAUGCACGGGAUAGGAACGAGAAGUAUGUGAUGGAGAGGAGUGAGAGGGGAGAAUGGGACGAGAGGGAGAGGUAUGGGAGGGGAAGCCGAGACGGAAGGGAGAGAAGUGAGAGGAAAAGGGGGGAGGAGAGAGGGAAUCGUGGUGAGAGGGAGAGGAGGGAUGAGGAGGAGAGCGAGGCAUUGAGAAGAAGGGCGAGAUGGGAAGAGCAAGGGAGAAAGUCAGGUCGAGAAUUAGCGUGUGCACAGGAGGCGGAGGAAGGGAAGGCAAGGCAUGCUGGUGAGGGGGGCAGAGAAGGGAGGGAUGGAAAGAGAGGCGAAGCAGUGGAGGCAGUGAGAGGUGCGAGGCGGAGACACGACAGCCCUUCUGAGAGCGAUGGGGAGAGUGAUGGUGCGGGUGAGCAUGGGAGAGGUGGUGGCAAGGGAGGUGGUGGCAGGAGUGCAGCGCACACAGCACAGGAAGGUGGGGAGAGGAGUGGUGGCGUGGCGGCGAGGCCAGGAGGCGCGACGCAGAGGCAUGACAGCCCUUCAAGAGGCGGCAGGCAGAGGCACCACAGCCCGUCAGACGGCAGCGAUGGGGAGGGGGAGGGGCGCAGAGCAGCGCCUCUCUACGGCCUCUCCUUCCACCGCAUGGCCCCCUCCCCGCCUCGCACCGCCCCCUCUGCACCCCCUGCCCGCGCACUUUCACCUCCUGCUGCUGCUGCUGCUGCUCCUCCUGGGCGAGAUGCACGCGAGGAGAAGGAGAGUGGUGCUGCUGCUACUCGUGGGACCUUCCUCCGGGAGGCGCAGAAGGAGGUGUAUGGAGCGGGCAGUGGGGCAGCAGGGGAUGCGGCGCUUCAGGCAGCAGCGGGUACGGGCAUGUCGAUCGAGAGCAGCAUUCGCCGCCGCUCACACUUCUUGGAGAAGGGGAGGGGCGAUUCAAGCGCCUUCAGACGAUGA